AUAUGCCAUAGUGUAGGUUUAUCGUUUUGUCAAACUUUAGACUGUCAGUGUCAAAAGUCACGUCUAACUAAAACUCUAAUAUCCAUUCUCUUUGGUAGUUUGACAGUUCAACAUUGAACGUUGUCUUCAACAUGCCGCGUGAAAUCAAGGAUAUCAAGGACUUCCUACUGACAGCACGCAGGAAAGAUGCUAAAUCUGUCAAGAUAAAGAAGAACCCAGAAAAUGUCAAGUUCAAGGUGCGGUGCUCACGGUUUCUUUACACUCUGGUCAUUACAGACAAAGAAAAGGCAGAGAAACUCAAGCAGAGCUUACCACCAGGUCUCCAGGUUAAGGAAGUGCAGUAAUGUGACUAGAUUUAAUCAAUAAAAAAAAAUUUCAAAAUAAUUGCAUUUAAAUACAAAAAGGUACUAAAUUUAUUCC